AUGGGUCAGACCGCGUCGAAGACCCAACAGCCGACCGUACCCAGUGUGCAGACGGUGCCAGUUGUUACUCCAGGAUUCGGACGUGCUCAAACAAUGCUCGACGUCGCGCAAUACCAGCCUGUGGCAUCGGAAACCGGACCUGCAGGACUUCAGAGAUCGUCGUCGGACACUGCGUUGAACACGUCGACGUCAACCGCGGCGCAAAGUCGACUCUCUUCCAUCGACGUCAUCUGCCCCUCCACCUCCACCAAAUACCAACAACAUCGACUCAUCAAAAAUGAGGGACGACUACCGUACCCAGCAAGUACCGUACUCCUCACAAAUCAAUCGUUGAGCGGUGAAAAAGCCACGUUUCUAGCUAAAUCUGGAAAACGGAGGGUGGAAGAGACGAAGAAGGCGAUUCCGAUCAAUCAACACGGCUCCGAGCUCAAUCGGAAUCUUCCAGGAAUGUCGAAUAUGUUCAGUGUGCUCCGAGAGUCGGCUCUGAAGAAGACGGAGGAGUCUUUAAGGCAAGAAGACGUGAAAAUUGAGGAAAAUAAGGGGCGAGAGGCUUCAGAAGAGCCAGAAGAAGACGUGAAUCCACCGGAAACACCUCCAGCUCUCGAGCGAUUAGGGGAUUCUGAACCAAUUUUUGAUCAAUGGCCAAUGUACAGUACCCGAGCUAUAGACUACAAAGAAGCUUGCGAGCUAUUCAUUGGAAUUCUAGAAAUCGACGACGAGAAAGUGUGUAAAUCGCUUCCGAUGCAAUUUAAGCAGGAGGGAACGUUCCUCGUGGAUUUACGCCUGAUUAGAGACGUUUUCAACGAUGAUAAUGGCGGUUGGGAGGUCCCCAGUGGGAAAUGCAGGUUUUAUAAAGAAAUGGAGGACCAGGGAAAUAUGGUUAGAGUGGAUAAUGGGAAAGGAAGGUUGAAAGAGUGGUGUAAGGAGUACACUUAUAAAAUUAUACUCAAAAAGUAUGAGAAUAAGACGACGAGAGGUGCGGACGAUGGGAGGGGACAGUUUCAGAAGAAGAUCUACACAGGCUACAAAGGUGCCACACGUCUUCCAUUCGCCAUCAUCACUUACUCAUGGUCCGACGGUCGUCCAUGGAUCUUCGUACCGCCUCUAGAUCCAAAACCGGUGCAUCGAAAGCCGAAUUGGGAGAAAAAGUCUUAUGAAAAAGUGAACAUGACGAGUAUGCCUCAGAUGGUGUCCGCGUUCUACGAAGGCUUCAACAUCUAUUCCCAUUGUAUUGUCAGUUUCGACGAGGCCGCUGCGAUUAUGCUGGGUGCCACGUUGGUGGAUGCAAACAAACUAUGCUCAUCGGUCCCCCUUGGCUAUAGACAGAAUGGAACAUUUGUAAUCGACCUGAAAAAGAUGGGUUACUGUCUAUUGGAGCUCCGUCGGGAUGACAAUGGUCUCUGGACGAAGCCAUCGGGUUUCAGCCGUUUCUACAAGUUGGCUGAAAAUGGAGACGCGUUGAGAGUGGAUAAGGCGGGAAAACUGCCAGCUGGCGUGGAUUUUGAUGUGAAAAUUAGCUCGAAACGAUAUGAAAACACCCAGGUUGAGAAGAAAUUCGUCAGAAAGAUCUAUACGGCGAAGGGGAAGACGUCGGAUACGUUCCCCGGGUCUCCAGAAUACGCUGUCAUCGUCUAUUACUGGAAAGGAGAGCCAAUUCAAUUUGAGCCGAUUUAUAAGCAGAAUGCAGUGAGGACAGAGGCCAAGGAAUACGCUAGAUAUCAGCAAAUGGAGGAGGAGGAGCAGGAGUUUGUGGAGACGUCGGGACCACCCAUGCAAAUUUUGGGAGCGGAGGAGGAGAUGAUUGAGAAAAACAUCCAACCACCAACACUGAAACGAGCCCGCUUCUCGAACGAACAGUCUGAAAAUCUGCUGGACCUGAAAAUGACACUCAUCAGAAGAGAAUUAGAGAAUCAAGACCGAUUUUCGGCACUUCUGGACCGCGCAGAUGGGAUGUUGAGCCGAAUGGAGCAACGAUUUGGUGUGGAGCCAGUGUUUCAGAAUGUGGUACAACAAUGGGAACCCCAUCAUCAUGUUGAAGAAGUGCAACAGAUCAUCGAGGAAGAGGUUAUUGAUCAGUUUUAG